UUGCUCCGCCACGUAGGGUUCAACUGCAAUGACUCGUACUCUAUUUUAUAAAGGCAUUCAGUGUAUCAUAAUAUUAAUUUGUAUUAGAUUAACAAGAAUGACAACAAACAAUGAUGCGAGUACCAUGCCCUCAACAGCCGAAGACGAUUCAAACUAUGAUACCAAAGACGAGAAACAUACAUUGAAUGAGUCAAUUUGGAGACCAUACCAAGGAAAAGUGUCGCCUUUAAAAGUGAUUGAUUUUGAUGUCGAAGGCAAUUUAAUUGAAAUGCAAGUUCAAAACUUGACCAACUCAGGAGAGACACAUCAAAAAAGAACUCCUACAAGAUUAGAUACAGACAUUUUCGAAAGAAUAUUAUAUGGAAACAAGAGACCGAAAAAAGUGUUUUACAAAUGCAAUAAUCGUGAAUCUUGUACCUUUCUGAUUUGUCUAAAUGUCAAGAAGUUCUGUAAACUAUGUGAGAGUAGUAUGAAAAUGCCUUUGUUCAAGUCUACGACUUGUCGAUUAGUACCAACUUCAGAUUUAAUUGGAAAACUUUGGAUGCAAUAAUAAUAAUUAUAUAUACGAUAACUUAAAAUAACAUAAAUUCUUUAUUUUUUUAUUAGGUACGAAUUCUACAGCAUAAUUUACUAACGCUGGGAAAUUACAUUGUUCGAGGAAUUCAAUGCGAUGCAGAAACCUACAUUAUAACGAACUGAUUCUACUUUCCUCCGGAUUACUCAUUGUUGUUGUUGUUGUCAUUACUGCAUUGUUUUUCAGAUAACUUGUAAAUACAUACUACUCACAGCUGUACCUACUUUAAAUUUACUUAUUAACGACUUAGAACUCUACGAAAUUCAUACAGAAGUAUUUGAAAGAAAACUCCUCAACCUCAUGUACAUAUCAUUCCAAUCUUUAUAUGAUGGGAUUGACUAUAGUUGAAGAAAAAAAACACACAAUUCCUUCCGGGUCAGAAGGUUACAUGAGUUGCUCUUGUAAGAAAAACUAGUCCUACGAUACAUCUACAUCUGAUUAAUAGCCAAGGAGAUCCGAGGCUCCCAAGUGUAGUAGCCAAUUUAAGCCAAACCCAGGACAACGCCAUGGCUAUUGGAUAUUACAGGGCAUUCCAAACAUGACUAAAUGACAAAUUAAAGAGCGUAAAGAGACAAGAAUGUUUUUAAUCUCCAAAGGUAAAGUAAAUUAAAAGGUUUGUAAGAAUGGCCGUUAGGCGCUCAUUAGGUAAACAUUCCCGGGCCCUUAUCUCGGAGAUAGGCUCCACAUACCGGCACGGCACCUAUUUAACGGCGACUGGGACUGUUCAAACAUUUACUGACGCAGCAGCCUUGCCUGCCACCAUGCUUGUGUUUAAGUGUUUUAUCCCGUUUUUAAUUAUGUGUUUCGUGCAAGGAGUUUAUUGCAAACCAACAAGCAAUGAGCUAACCGAGGGCCGUGGGAUUGGUUCAACGAUCUGGGGUUGGAUUUCGUAUCCCUUCACGGGAUGGUGGGGCUCUUCAGACACCGAGGCUCCGCCCCAGGCCGACCUCCUCCACGGGUCGACUACCAUCGGCCCGUACGACAACGUCGAGAUCGCGUCUCGAAACCUCACGAUCUGGUGCAACGACCACACUUGUACUACAAUGAAAUGCGACAAAACUGCGUGUGUAAAUGUUACGUGUAACAUUUAUGAUACGUAUGUUACGGGGCAAUGUCGAGAGUACAACAUGGGGUUGAAGCCAGAGGAGCCGAAGCCAUCAGUUUCCACCGAGCCCGCCUCUGCGCCGACCUCUGAAGCGGUUGCCGCGGUGCCGGAGUCAUCGACCGCAUCCAUAGUGCCAGUCCAAACAGAAGAACCAGCGGAACACCCGUUGGAAUUAGAAGCUGUACUGUCUUCCACAGUCACCAAGGGGAGCCCUGAUGUAGCGCCUCCAAAAUUAAACAAAUCGAGUCCUCAAAAUAAGAUCUAAACUCAACCUCAACUGAAGAUUCCGAAGCAACAUCCACUCUGAUUCUAGUAGCCAAAGAUUUGUUCAGCAACUACGCCCACUUCGUUAUAGAGCGCUUCGCAACGGCUCUGGCAGACAGCCUCAUGACUCAGCUCAAUAUCAAUUCGCAGUGUGUCGACGGAACAUGUUACUACGCUUUGUGUGAACACGAAAAUUGUCAAGUGCAGUUUUGUCAGUAUCACUUAGUAACUGGGGCCAAAACUUGUUCUAGUAGGCCAUUCGGUCCGCUGUCGACUACGACGCCCGCUUUGGAAUAUUCUAGCGAUAGUACAGUUAGUUACAAUGAUGAGGAUAAUAGUAUUAAUAGUAUCAGUUUGUUUGAUAGAAUUUUGAGCUAAUGUCAUCGAAAAUCUUGAGUUUCUAUUUUAUUCGACAAAAAUGUUUUAACUAAUACAGAAGCAGCAACAUACAGCGGAGCGCAUAAUUAAUUGUUCACUAAUCUUAAGCAUUUUAGAUAACGCAGUUGUUACAAAUGAAAAUUAGACGUAAACUCUAAAAUAUAAUAAUGUAAAUUGAGUAUUUAAAAGUGUUGCAAACGAUUAAAUUGUGUUAGACAA